AUGGCGACGGUUAUUCAACGUAUUUGUAUUGGGAGUGUCCCUUGGGAGAAUGAGAAAAGUAAAAUUGCUCACACUGACCUUACUCCAACGUAUAGGAUGAUAAACCGAAUUGUUGCCUGUAAUAUACAUCCGAGGGGGCAUACUGUUGAGAUUGCAUACGAUACGACCCAACUAUUAUAUGCUAUUGCGGAACAUGAGGUUAUUAUUGAUCUAUCCCUUUACAUAUUCAACCAUGUUCGUGAAGCAUCUGCUGUUGAGGAUGACAGGCCAUGUCUUCCAUUUCCAAUAUUAGUUUCCAAGAUUUUGAAGCAUAAUGUGGUUGAAUUUCAGCAGAAUGACAGUUUUAUUUAUCCCAUGAAUCCAAUGGGUAUGGGUACACUUAAUAAAAGUGUGGAAGCUAUUCUGGGUGUGAAACAGGGCAAGUGUGUGAAGCAGGCAGCAGCGAUGGGAGCAUCUACUGAGUUAUCUUCUCAUACCAGUCUGGCUGUUAAGUCUGGCAGAUUAAUUCUUCAUCAGGAUCAUUUUGGACUGAGUACUACAAGGAAAAGGAGACUUGUGGAGAGGUUAGAACGGUUGAUGGAAGACUGGGCAGUUGAUCUGAUUGGUCUAGUAUGUGUCUGGGGUGAUAGUGUGCUGAGCAUGAGUUGGUGUAUAGAGCUGAGUCUUGGUUUUUUAUUUGAACUGGAUUGCAUUGGUCUAUUUAUGAUGGAUUUUGUAUUUUCUGGUGGAUUGACUUUGAAGAUAGCUGCUGGGAUGCUAAUGUGGAGGACUAUUGCUGUGAGCUGGGCUGUUACCAAAGGUGCAGGAGCUGAGUUUGGGUACAUAGCAAACCAGCUGGGACUGAAUGGGUGUUGUACUGGUUUAUUUCUGAUUUGGGGAUUCUGCAUCAGGAGCUGUCUGGGAGUUCAAGAGUUGGACUGA